CUGCAGGACGACCACAUCAAGCGGCCCAUGAACGCCUUCAUGGUGUGGUCGCGGCUGCAGCGGCGCAAGAUCGCGCAGGAGAACCCCAAGAUGCACAACUCGGAGAUCUCCAAGCGGCUGGGCGCCGAGUGGAAGCUGCUGACGGAGGACGAGAAGCGGCCCUUCAUCGACGAGGCCAAGCGGCUGCGCGCCAUGCACAUGAAGGAGCACCCCGACUACAAGUACCGGCCGCGCAGGAAGCCCAAGACCUUGCGCAAGGAGGGCUACCCCUACUCCAUACCCUACCCCUCAGUGCCCAUGGACGCCCUCAGAGCAGGCAUGGCGGCCAGCCAGAUGGGCCAGGUGGGGUCGUACUACAGUCCCGCCGCCGCCUACGGUUCCCUCAGCGCGGCGAGCAUGGCGGCGGCUGCGGCGGCGGCGCAGCAGUCCAUCUCCGGCCUCUCCGCCCCCGCUCAGGUGGUGAGCCCCAUGGACGCGAUGAAGUACUCCAUGGAGGCGGACAAGUACCGCCCGCCCUACAUGCCGCCGUCCAGCCUCGCCAUGUCCGUGUACGGCGACCACAAGUACCUGGAGGCCAAGGGCUACGCGGAGCGCGGCUACCUCGACCCUGCGUCGGCGCUCACCAAGGCCUACUUCGAGUCCUCCAAGAUGUACAUGGACAGCUCGCGCGCCUACGAGGACCACCAGCGGCAGUACGGCGGCGGGGGCGGUGCCGGGGGCGGGCGCACGCCCACCGCCUCCCCGGACAAGCCCUCGGACGGACCCGCCGCCGCCGGGGGCGGCUCGUCCUCCUCCUCGUCGCCCGGAGGCGGCGGCGGCCUGGCCUACUACCCGUCGCAGCAGGCGCCGGUCCCGGGGCUAAUCCCCAUGGCGCAGUACGCCGCCGCAGGCCACUACCACCCCCACCAGGCGGCGGCGGGGGCGGGGGCGGCGGGGCCGGGGGCGGCGCCCGGGGGCGGCGGGGAGUUCCGCCGCCCGCUCACCGUCAUCUUCUGA